CUUCCAGAAGACGCAGGGAUUUUACUUCCUCUUCCGGAAGAGUCUUCCGGAAGACGGAAAAAAACGCGAUCCGACCGUGCGAGGCUUCCCCCGGUGACUGAACACGCAGGGCAGAGAUGUCGGGAUGGGGGAAGAAUCAGCAGAACCCUGGCUUCGGUCGGCAGAGCAAGUUCAUGAACAUGACGCAGCAGGAGCUGCUCAUCGAGCAGAAGAAAAAGGAGAUUGAGGCGAAGAUGGCGGCACAGAAAACGCAGCAGCAGGCAAAGCCCUGCUCGCUCACACCGGACCCAAAGCCUGCCGCCAGCGUACCCAACAAAUUUGCCAAUGAUGGAAGUUUUCUUCAGCAGUUCAUGAGCAUGCAGCAACAGAAGAAGACACCGAGCAGUCAUGCUGCUACUGUCAGUAACAGCACAAGCGUGACUGCAUCAUCCAAUGAACACAUCCAGAGCCUUACUAGCAGCGGCAAAAGUCCCGUGGUAAUCGGCAAGAGGACGGCGGUGGCCGCGAGCUCAAUCGGCAGCAUGCUGAAGCAGAUGAAGCGCAGCACUCCGCCGAGCACCAAGCCAGCGCUAUCCACCAGGCCCAGCGCCUUCCAGCAGCCGGACGAUGAGGAUGACAACAACAACAACAACGAAGGUGGCGGCGGCUGCGACGGCGACGCUGACAAACCUGUCUGCCCCCCAGAGGAAAGCGAGACACGGGACGUGGCUGAGAAGCUGGCUCGUUUUGUGGCCGAGGGGGGCCCCGAGAUGGAGCAGAUUGCCGCCGAGGGCAACCGCGACAAUCCUGCUUUCUGGUUCCUCUAUGAUCAGAAUAGCGGAGCCUACAAAUACUUCAAGCAUAAAGUGAAGGAAUACACAAGAGCCAUGGCAAAUGAAGCUAAGCAACUCAUCCCAGCCUUCAACGCGGCAGGGUUUGACCCAGCAAACCAGGACUCAAGGAGCCGGCCACAGGAAGGGCUCAAGAGGAGGAAGAAGAGCCGAUGGGGCCCAGAGGAGAUGAAGUCGGAGACUGAUGAAAGGGCAGCGGUUCGCCACUUCACAGAGGAAGAGAAUGAAGGCGCAGGUUUGGACCUAAAGGACCUCGGUUAUGCUAAGGGGAAGCCAGCAGGACUGGUAGGAGUCACUGAGCUGUCUGAUGAUCAGAAGAAACAGCUAAAAGAACAACAGGAGAUGCAGCAGAUGUACGACAUGAUCAUCGCGCACAAGCGCGCGAUGGCGGAGAUCGAGACGAUGUGGGCAGCCGCGCUCAAGAAGAAUCAGCACGAGUACGACAGCGACGAGGAGAUCGAUGACGAGGCCGGCACCUGGGAGCACCGCCUCAGAAAGAUGGAGAUGGAGAAGACUCGAGAGUGGGCUGAGAAGCUGACCGACAUGAACCGUGGGAAGCAUUUCAUUGGAGACUUUCUGCCCCCGGACGAGUUGGACAAAUUCAUGGAGACGUUUAAAGCCUUAAAGGAGGGCCGUGAUCCAGAUUAUUCAGACUACAAGGAUUUCAAGCUGACGGUGGAGAACCUCGGCUUCCAGAUGCUCAUGAAGAUGGGAUGGAAAGAGGGCGAUGGUCUGGGCACCGAGGGAAAGGGCAUUAAAACUCCCGUCAACAAGGGCACGGUGGCCAUCGACAAGGCCGGCUUUGGCAUCGACCGCCCAGCCGAACUCAGCAAGAGUGACGAUGAAUACGACGCCUUCCGCAAGCGCAUGAUGCUGGCCUACCGCUUCCGGCCCAACCCCCUGAACAACCCAAGAAGACCCUAUUAUUGAACUGGACACCGUACUGCUGUGUCGGGCUCAAGCUGUGACUUCAACAGCAGUUAUAAACACCGGUUCACAUUUUAAAAAGAAAUAUAUCAGUAUGCCGUCUCCAUCAAAAAACCUUGACAUUGAUAAAACCAUAAUUAAAUUGCCAUUUGUAUUCAUUAGCUUUAGGUAUGAAUGCAGUGCUCGUUUAAAUGUACAGGCAAAUCAUUUUACUUUGACCCUGUUUGUACAAUUUGAAUGUACAAGCAGAUAUUGUAGUGUACAACAUGGGCCAUUUCAUCUGUUAAGACCAUUACAUAUGCCCGUUUUCUCUGCUGUGUUUUAAAGACUUAAUUUAGGCUAAGCUUGAGAAUAAUUAAAGUACAGUAUUACACGUGUGUUAUUCGGUGUGGAUGUUUGAUUGAUGCUUAAAGUAACACGUUCAAUAGUUUUUACCCCUUGCAAAUGGCUCAGUGAUAUGAUUAGUAACGGGAAUAAAAUAAAUAAGGCAACCUUCGUACCGUAUUUUCACAUAUAGAAUGAACACAUUUUGAGUAUUGGAUUUCCAGACUCGUGUUAAUCAGCAGCAUUCGUUGAGGUAGGCAAAACUUGUCUGGUUUUUGGCCUUUUGAGUCUGAUCAGCAAAGUCUAGCUUGUUAGACUGCCGGUUAGGUUUAAGAUGUUUAUUUUAUUUGCACAGCCAGAAUUCCCGCUGCAGUGCAAACGCUUUGAGCUGGAUUCGGGGAUUUGCCUAAUUUGGGAUUUUUUUUUAUUACAGCUGGUACCGACCAUAGGUGGCAUAAAAAUACGUGUUCAUAGCUUUAUUCUAAACUUUCAAGUUUAUAAGAAGCAAUAAACAGUACUCAUUGCUGUUCAA